CAACCAAAAUGGCAGACAAUUUAAAAAGGACGCAAUCUAGUGGUGGAAACAGCACAACUAACAGUUCAAACUCACCUGCUGGACAAUCACCAACGCCUAUCACUCCAGGCGCCAGAAUGGAGAGAAAGCCUUCAUGGCAUGAGAAUGCAUUAUUUAGACGUCCUUCAAUGCAAAAUAGACCCUCACUCGCUAUGUCUGUAUCAGACGUCUCUACACCUCCAGUUACUUCCGGUCCACCUUCACCAACUGAUGUCGACUUGCUAACAAUCGAAGAGGUCUUCACACAUUGGCAUGUAAGAGAGAUUUUGGGUGCAGCAUUCACAUCUGUCGUCGAGGAAAUUCAGAAGGAGGUUCCAACGGAUUGUGACGCAAAGACAAAGAGAGAAGCUUUAUGUAACAAAUCACAAAAGUACAGAGAGACUGCUUUAGAGAGACUCAAGGAUGUCGCUAGAAGUAGAGGUGGAAAUGCCGUCAUUGGUGUUAAGGUGGAGUAUUCUCCAUCUUUGGAAAUGGAUGGCCAUCGUUAUUACGAAUGGGUAGCAUCUGGUACAGUUGUAACACUCCAAAAACGCCCACAAUUUGCCCGUUUAGAUAGCCGUUAAUCGCAGUCAAUAUUAGGCACACUCAGCAUAUCCAAUAUCUCAAACCCUGAAACUCUCUAUUGUCUUUUUUAAACUUUAUAUUGAUGCAUUCCCCUUCUCUCGCUACUACAAUUAUGUCAUCCAUUUUGAUAAUCGGGACAUUCGCCAUAUUUGGUUUGAUAAACAAUUUAGUCUAUGUCAUAAUAUUGUCAGCUGCGUUAGAUAUGAAUACAACUCCGGGUUUGACCGCUCUCGCAAACAUUCUACCGAGCUUGAUCGUCAAGAUUUUAGUGCCAUAUUUGAAUAGCACGAAAGCAAAAUUUGGAAAGCGUGUUUUAUUUAUUUCAAUAACUACAUCAAUUGGUAUGCUCAUAGUAGCAUUAUCGUCUACUGUACCACUUAAAUUGAUCGGUAUCGCUCUGACAAGUACAGCAAGUUCAGGUGUAGGUGAUAUGACAUUCCUACAAUUAGCUGCUCAAUAUCGGGCACUAGCUUAUUACGCCUCAGGUACUGGUCUCGCUGGAGUUAUCGGUAGCAGUGCUUGGCUCAUACUACGUAAGAUGGGUGUAGUCGAGGGUUUGCUACUUAGCGCAACUUUCCCAACUUUACAGCUAAUUACUUACUUCUUUAUGCUUCCCCAAGCACCAUCGAAUGACGAUACCGAGGAUGGCACCUUCAAUCGUUUAUCAAUAGAAGAGAAGAAGGAGGUAGGAAAGGAUCUCCUACGCCCUUAUAUGUUGCCUUUGUUUACCGUUUAUCUCUUUGAAUAUUCCAUCAACCAGGGUGUUGCACCAGCACUCAGCUACGAUAACAGAACAAAUCGUGAUACCUACCCCGUUUAUCAACUUUUAUACCAAAUUGGCGUGUUCCUCAGUCGCUCUUCUCAUUUAUUCAACGUUGGUCACCUUUCUCGAAAACAAUUAGCCCUACCAAGCGUGAUACAAGGUUGUAUUUUUCUACUUCUGCUUAUUGAAUCAGUAGUUAAGCAGAUCGGAUACUAUGUAGUAUGUACAAUUAUCCUAGUCGAAGGACUCAUGGGAGGUUUAAGCUACGUCAAUGUCUUCCACCAUACCAGCACGGAAUAUAAAAAUGCAGCUGCACACACUCGCGAAUACGCUAUUGGAUUGGUAAGUCUAAGUGAUGGCGUUGGAAUCGUUCUCGCAUCAUUACUCUCAAUCGGAUUGGGUAAAUUGUUAACAUAAAAAGCAUGUAUAUUCUCUAAAACCAAAUAAUAAAACCUAGUAGACUUCGAGAACGUAUCUCUCAUCUUCCUUCAUAUCUUCAAUGGAGUUCUCUGCAUCCUCGCGUGUCUUUCCACCAGCCUCAAUGUAACUUCCACAAAGGGCUUCAUAGACAUCUGGAACUGGCCAUGUUGGACCACAAAGGAAGAAUGAACCUUCAUCACCACCUUCCGAUUUCCUUGAAAGCAUCUUGUGAAGAAUCUUCUUAUCUUCCAUCAUCUUGUGUUGGAUGUACACCUUUCCUUUACCAUCACGUGAGAAUGCAAGACCCAUGUGGGUAAGUACACCAGCGGAAAGGUAGGCUUCGAGUUCUUCUCCGUAAAGAUACUCAGCUGAUCUGUAUCUGCUACCAAAGUAGUAAACGAGUGGACCAACAUCAAUACCUUGCUCGCGUUGCCAUGCACGGUAUUGAAUGAAGGCUCUGAAUGGUGCAGCACCAGUACCCAAACCAGCCAUAAUAAUUGGUGCAUCAUCUCUUUCUGGAAGUUUCAUAACUGAUGGUUUGAUAGAUACUGCAACCUUUGUUCCAACUUCCAAACCUGCGAGAUAACGAGUACAUUGACCGUAACGUGGUGAUCCUAAGCAUUUAAAUUAGCACGCAAAUAUGCAUUAGAACUGUACUCACCUGAUGGUGUUGCCCAUUCAACAGUAACGAUGAGAAGGUCUACUUGGUUACCAACGACGGCGUUCGCUGAAGCAAUAGAGUAAUGCCUUGGAUGAAUUUCACCGAUGAGGUGGAUGAGUUCUUCUACUGGUGGCUUAGCAGUUGGGAACUUUCUGAGAACAUCUGCAUAUGUAAGUGUAUCAAUUUCAGACAACUUCUUGAAUGUAGAUGAUCCUUCUGCUGAGCUAAUGAACCUCAAUGCGCGUUGCUCCUCUCUGCUAGUAGCGUACUCUUCAAGUGAAGCAAGGAAUGAUUUUGGUGGUUUACCGAAAAUGUCUAUAUCUUGUUGGAAAACUUGUAAGACGGAUCUUGUUUCAACCUUUCCAUUGUCAUGUUGGACGUUGAUAACACCAUUCUCUGGUAAGCCAUACCAACUAAGGAAGUCCUUGACUUCAUUGAUGUCGUUGUGUCCGUAUACACCUAAAGCUUCACCAAUUUCGUACUUCAAAUCGGUGCCAUUGGUGUCAAAUGAGAUGUGGAAGACAUUUCUGUCGUAGUCAUCUGGAGUUAAUCUGCGUGUUUCUUUGACUGUAACUAAGUAGGUGUCUUCUGGAAGGGACGGCUUGAGAGUUGCCAACGGUCUCUCAUAAACGUCUUCACCAGUAGUGAAAGACUCAUUGAAGAGUAAUUGCCAGGCUGGUUCAACCCAGCUACCCUUGAUUGCUUUAACCUUGUCAUUAAGUUGUUCCUCUUUCGUGCCGACGGCAGUCUGAGAAAGUCCGUUGAAGCUGAUACCGACUAAUCUGUUGUCUGGCUUGAUUUCUUUGCCUGGUUGAAGAGCUAACCAUGAUGAUUCAUCGACAAUGGCUUCAUAAAGUGAUUCCUCGGUGUUUUCGAUGAUUGAAUCAAGAUUAGUAACGUCUGGAAGGAAGGCUCUAACGAGACUCUUGAUAGAUUCUGGUAAUCUUGGUACAGAGGAUGUGAAUAACAAUAAGAAUGCUAUCAAAGUUGCAACUGAUUGGUGCUCUUCUGAAAUUGCGGCUGAAUCAACAGCCCAAACUCUGAUACCCUUCUCAAUGAUUGUCUUCUUGUCAGCAUACGGCAAUUUAGCUGGCACUUCCUCAGGUGAUUGAAGUGGACCAUCGAGCAAGACGAUACCACCUUUCUUAACAUAUUCGAAAACGUUUGUUGCCUUCAAUGAAGAAAUAUUAACGUUGAGGAAGUCAACUGAAGACUCCGUUGGUAAAGUUAAAGCAGACUCCUGUACUUCUUUGCCAAUUUUAAUGUGUGACAAAGCUAAUCCAGUUUGGCCAAUGAAAUGAUCAUAAGCUGUUUGAAUUUUAGUUGAGAGUUGCUUGUUUUGAGAGAAUAAUGAGCCAACCAAAUCAGCACUAACUUGAUCAGGCUGUUCAACAAAUACGCAAGACUUUGAUGUAGCUUCUUGUGAACUCAAAAACGGAGUGAUAUCACUGAAUGCAUUAACCUUGAUCUUACGUUGAGCAUUGAAAACAGCAGAGACGACAUCGUUAAGUAAAACGCCUUGAGCUUUCUCUUCAUUGUAAACCAAAAGAUUCUCAAUUGACGAUGGGAUACUGUCGCUAAGAGCUUUCAUACUGAGUGGACGAAGCUUGUGAAUGACGACCAAACCGUAUGAGCUGUCUAAACUACUGAGUAAGGCGUUUGAAAUGUCAGAAGCUGGAACAACCAAUGCCUUUGUGACUGGUGAUGCGCUGUGGAAAGUAACAGCAGUGCUUGGUGGUUUGACUUGAUCAAGCGCUGAUUUCUCUCUGGCUGCAUAAAUACCAUCGAAAGCAUGAAUGACAUUUCCAGGAAUCUCGUAAGCGAGUUGAGAGUUGUUGACAAUGUCUUGAGCUGUAGCUGAUAACAAAAUUGUGUAGUUCUCAAGUUGAUUAGCAGCAUCAAGGAUUGAAGUGAAGCCACUCUUGAGGUUAAGCUCAGAGUCUCUUUCAUAAGUGUUCACUUGCAAGACCAACUUUGACUUUUCUUUGUAUGUCUUGAGAGUUGGAAUGAAGUUUUUCAAAGAUUGACUGUUGAUCAAGACUGAGAUGGUGGCAACCUGGCUGGCUCUUGAGUAACCGGACACUGCUGCACCUGAGCCUGGUCUAUCCUGCAUUAAUUGCACUCUAUCGUCCGAGAGGUCCUGACCGAAACCGUCGUAUCUAGCUGAAUCGUAGAGGAAGAUACUGUUGCUGUUGGCUGAAACGUUGUAUUCUACUGCGUUUAAAGCUGAUUUUAAGAUGGAUUGACCAGCUUUGUUUGAAUUCUGAGGAGAAAGUGACUGCUCAGAUGAAACUGGUGUACCGAUACCUGAAUCGACGAUUGAUGGCAUCUUUUCGAACUUGUCGCGUUGUUGACUAAUCGGUUGGGCAAUAGCUGAUGGACCUUCUGAACUGAUUGGUGGGUUGAGUGAACCUGGCAUUUCUAGAUGAGCGAUGUUUAGUUUUGAUAGUAGAAGCUAUAAAAACUUACUUUUCUGUCCUACUCAAGAAUUCACCGAUGAUCGUAGGAAAUCAAGGAUCGAUCACGAAUGCUUAUAUCAGAGGGCAAUUUUUAUUUUUUUUAUUCUAAAUUAUAAGAGAGCGUAUAGUAACGAUAAGUUUCUAGACUAUUUAAUGCGUCGCUCGCCACUCUCUCCCUCAGCUUCGUAUUUAGAUAGCCAAUAAAAUGAGACAUUUUGCCGCUUAUCAAUCUACACAGCUUUCAUUGCUUUACUACACCCACUAUGGAGAAGAAGGAGGUCGAGAGCAUCCCCGAAAGAAGUCAGACACCGCCACCGGAAUACGAGCAAUACGCUGGUCCAUCCACUUCGCAGCCGAACAACAGUCAGAGCAGCACAGGGGACGUGGGUUUUAGGAGUGCUCUAGGAAAUUCCGUGAAAGACAACUUUGUAUCUCGUCUGCGAACACCUCAAGAAGCUGGUUUGAUCGGUAGUGCGCUCAGUUUGACUAGCGCUACCGUGGGCACCACUCUCGGACUUACAACAGCCGCCAUCGGUGGUGUACUCUCUUUACCGGCCGUUGCCGUAGGCGCUGGCGUCAAACAUCAUAAAAAUAAGCAGAAACAGAAGCAGAGAGAGAGCUCUUCUCCUUCCUCUUCCUCCUCUUCUUUAGACAACAGCAACCGAGAUGGCAGCGAAGAGGAUCUCAAAAGGAAGCAAGCUAGAGAACUCAAGGAGUUCAAAGAGAGCCAGAAAAGGGAGAAGGAAGAAUGGAAACGCAAAGGUAAAGGUAAAGAUAGUAUUAGUUAGAAAUUGAAAUGUAUGCUAUUUUACGCUAAUGUGUUAUUAUAUCCCUUUUUUGUAAUUAAGAAAAUACUUUUUUCGUUCAUCAACAACCCCAUCUAUCCCAUCAGAUCACCCAUAGAAGCCAUCUCAGGGCUGAGAUUCUCCCUUGAUGAGAUUUCAAAGUAUGAGUAAAUGAUAGUGGUAGCGAGUAGGAUACCAGUACCAGAACCGAAAGCACCAAUCAAGUCAGCGAUAACGGAUAAUGCACCGAUAGUUGCACCACCGAAUGCGGCGGCAGUUGGUAUAACCCUCUUCAAUUCCUUGUACAUGCUGCCUUCUCUGUGACCAGCCAUAACCAUUUGUUGGUCUUUCAAUUGCUUUGCUACCUCUCUUGGACCUGAUCCAGAUACUUCAAUCCAAGUCUUUGAGAAGAUUGCACAGACUGAAAGCAUGAAGGUGACGUAAAUGAUUGUGUGGAUUGGGUCGACUAAAGCUGCAUGAAGAGUGUGAGGUGGAGACAUGUAGUAAGCGAUACCGGAUGUUGCAAACAAUUGUGGAGAUUCCUCUAAUGGCUCCCAAACACCAAUGAGCUUGACGAAUAAGUUAUCUGGGAAUCUGUUGUAAAGCAUUUGUGAAAUGAUGAAAACGUUUGAGCUCAAUGCUGAUUCCAACAUGAUUGGCAUGUUUGAUGUGUAGAACAAUUUAACUGGGUAUGUACCACGUUGGCCUCUGAAUCUGUUUGAUUUUACAGGAAUUUCAAUUCUGAAACCUUGCAAGUAGAUAACAGCUGCGAAGAUAGCAAGAGUAGCAAGUAAGUUUGAUACAUUUGGUAAUCUGUCUCUGUAGAAAGCUUCCUUGAGUGCUCUGGUCUUGUCAUUCCAGGUGAAAAGCAAGUGAACGAGAGCGAGUAAAGCACCUUCAAAUUCAGGACCACGGCCAGUGUUUAUCGUUGUUGGUGAAAAUGCCUUCCAGACGAUAGAUUCACAGAUGUUCGUGGCAAUAAAGAGUGAGAUACCACUGCCUAAACCAUAGCCUUUUUGAAGCAGUUCAUCAAGGAGGAUGACAAUGAGGGCAGCAGCGACAAGUUGUACGACCAAGAGAAGACAGACACCAGCUCCUAAGUCUGAUGGCUGACCGUAUAAGCCGGUGAGAACGUAUACGGUAGCUUGACCGAGUGAGAUGAUCAAGGCGAACACUAUAGGACGUUAGACGCGUAAUCUAAUAUAAAGCAAUCUUACACUUCUGAGCAGCACCGAAAAGAGCUCUGUCUUCUUUUAAGGAGAAAUCGACGUCGAUGAGGUUUGCACCAGCGAGAAGCUGCAUAAUCAUACCAGAAGUAACGAUAGGAGAAAUACCGAGUUCCAUGAGAGUACCACGAUUGGAUGCCAAAAUAACUCUCAUCCAGUAGAGCGGAUCUGAGCUAUCACUAGAAACGAUACCAUAGAGAGGUACUUGAGAGCAGACCAAGAAAAUCAAUAAGGUGACGGCUGUCCAGGCUACCUUCUGGUUGAAUGGUACUUUGCGUUCUGGGGCUGAUACCUCUGGGAGGAUCUGGGAAUGGCUUGACGAGUUGAAGGAAACGG